UGAACAGUCAACAGCAUUCAGUCUACCACAAAUCGAACAUAAAAACGCAAACUGCAAAAAUGGCCUACGAAACUCUGAUGAACACCACCUACAGUCAGGCCUGCCAGAAGAAGACCUACACCCCCGCCAAGGCCAUGAAGAAGAUCUUCAAGGUGGCCUGCAAAAUCUUCAAGGCUUCGAGUCACCAGCAGCUCAAGAACCAGACCAUCCCGACGGAACUCCCACUGCCAAUGUCCGAUGAGGAGUUCCAGAACUCCCAGAACGAGAAACUGGAAGCCGAGCUUGUCCAACUGUGAUCGAGGAAAAUGGAAAAUCACGAAAAUCCAACUUCCUAAACAGCUUUAAAGACUCCAUCGGAAUCGGUCUCUAAACAUCCGCAUCAGCUUUAACUCCACACUCAGCAAGUGGACAUCUUAAAAUGCAUAAAUAACCAGCUUUAAUCAUUGUCUUCCAUCUAUGUUUAAGUGUAUGAAUAAAUACAUAAUAUUAAUAUUGAAA